GUCAGUGGAAGUGCAGCAGCCACUUCUCUUCAGAGCGGGAAGUCACUCACAUCAGCACCCUGACUGCAGGUUCAGUUUCGCAGCUCGGAGAAACACCAGGAUGUUCUACUUUCACUGUCCACCUCAGCUGGACGCAGAGUGCUGUCGCUCUAACACAUUGAAUUCAAGCGGCUUUGGCAACCACGCCCCGGCUGAUUUUGAUGAUGGAUUUCUACGCAGAAAACAGCGCAGAAACAGAACAACAUUUACUUUGCAACAGUUGGAGGCUUUGGAGGCCGUCUUCGCCCAGACUCACUACCCGGACGUGUUCACCCGGGAGGAGCUGGCCAUGAAGAUCAACCUGACCGAGGCCAGGGUGCAGGUUUGGUUUCAGAACCGCAGAGCAAAGUGGAGGAAGACGGAGCGAGGGAGCGCAGACCCUGAAGGAGGGAAAGAGCAGAUGAGUGACGGCAGUCCUCCAUCUCGCAACAUCAACUCGCAGUCCCCAGUGGACCACAGCAGAAAGCAGAAAGAACCACUGGAGAUGCAGCAGAGUAUCAACAGGACAGUGGGUCCAAGUGGUCCGUUCUUCCCAUCCUGUAUACCAGGCACACUCCUCAACUCUGCCACCUACGCCCAGGCCCUCUCACAGGUCGCCACACUGAAAGGUAAUGGCUUGUGCUCCUGCUGUGUUUCUGACCCCAUGGGUUUGUCCUUCCUGCCGCCCUACGGUUGUCAGGGCAACCGCACAGCCAGCGUGGCCGCCUUGCGCAUGAAGGCCCGUGAGCACUCGGAGGCUGUACUGCAGUCUGCCAACCUGCUCGGUGGGCCCGGCGUGGGAGUCCUGUCUGGAGUCGGCAUGGGCGCAGCUGGGGUGGCGAGGCCCACAGUGGGUCCUGCCAUCGAGGUGCCCGUCACUGUGGGAAGAGGGGGAGACAGCUCCAGUCCUAGCACGGUCACCAAGGUCCCAGUCCUGGGCAGCAGUCCUGACAAACACCCUCACUGCUCCAAGGAACCACUGGAGAAAAAGUGAAGUGCUGGACAAAAAAAUGGAUGUACUGAUACUCUAAAUCUGUGUGAUCGUGCCUGUUAUUACUACUCUACUCUACUCUGGUCCUAUGAGCACCUAAGCACAAAUACUGACUGACUCAAGAAACAGCCUGGAAAAGACUUUGCUGAUAUCACAUUGUAUGGAUGCAAAGAUUACAAUAUUUAUUUGACAGUAAAUUAUUAUUGUUUGUGAGA